GGCGGGGAACAAAGGGGGCGCGCGGCGGCAGCAGCAGCAGGAGGAGGAGGAAGAGGAGGAGGAGGAGGAAGGUCGCCAAGUGCCGCCACUUGGUAGCCCGUGCGCGGCACCGGCUGGCGGCGGCAGCCCGCCCCUCGCUGCAUGGCAGCCCAGUGAGGGAGGAGCGGGCGAGGGUCCGGAGCCACCGGCGUCGGCAGCAGCGCCCUCCCUCGCUCCCUCCCUCCUCUCUUCCCUCCCUGCCCUCCUCCAUCCCCGUCUCCUCCCUCCCCGGUGCCGCCGGGAUGCGCCCCGCCGGCCGCUGAGGCGCAGCCCCGCCGCGAUGCUGUCCCCGGAGCGCCACCGCCACCACCGCCACCCGCCGCCGCCGCAGCCGCCGCCGCCGCCGCGCCCCCCGCCGCAGCCCAACCAUGUCGUGGCCACCAUCGAGAACCUGCCGGCCGACGGAGGAGGAGGCGGCGGCGGCAGGGGCGGCAUCUCCGCCUCCUCCUCCUCCAGCGUGCGCCAGAGGAUCAGGAAAGUGCUGAACAGGGAUCUCUUGCUGUCUGUGGCUCUUGGCCAGGUACUCUCCCUCCUUAUCUGUGGUAUUGGCCUCACGAGCAAGUAUUUGUCAGAAGAUUUCCAUGCCAACACACCUGUUUUUCAGAGCUUCCUCAAUUAUAUUCUUCUAUUCUUGGUCUACACGACAACACUAGCUGUCAGACAAGGAGAAGAAAACUUGCUGGCAAUUUUGAAAAGGAGAUGGUGGAAGUACAUGAUCCUAGGGAUAAUAGAUAUAGAAGCCAAUUACCUGGUUGUCAAAGCUUAUCAGUACACCACUCUUACUAGUGUACAGCUCCUAGAUUGUUUUGUCAUCCCGGUGGUGAUACUGCUCUCCUGGUUCUUCCUGCUGGUACGAUACAAGGCAGUACAUUUCAUUGGUAUCGUGGUCUGCAUUCUGGGCAUGGGCUGCAUGGCAGGAGCAGAUGUCCUUGUUGGCAGACAGCAAGGAGUGGGUGAAAAUAAACUAAUAGGGGAUCUCUUAGUAUUGGGUGGAGCAACACUAUACGGCAUCUCGAAUGUUUGUGAGGAAUAUAUCGUCCGAAAUCUAAGUCGAGUGGAGUUCCUGGGCAUGAUUGGACUCUUUGGCUCCUUCUUCAGUGGAAUUCAGCUUGCAAUCAUGGAACACAAAGAGCUUUUGAAAGUUCCCUGGGAUUGGCAAAUAGGCUUGUUGUAUGUCGGCUUUAGUGCCUGUAUGUUUGGCCUCUACAGCUUUAUGCCAGUGGUCAUAAAGAAAACCAGUGCUACUGCUGUCAACCUCUCCUUACUCACAGCUGACCUGUACAGCCUAUUCUGUGGAUUAUUCCUCUUCCACUACAAGUUUUCAGGACUUUAUUUGUUGUCAUUCUUCACCAUCCUUGUUGGGCUGGUGCUCUACUCCUCCACGUCCACCUACGUAGCCCAAGAUCCUCGAGUGUACAAGCAAUUUCGAAACCCUUCAGGACCCGUUGUAGACCUGCCAGCCACCGGCCAGCUGGAGCCUUCGGUAACAUAUACCAGCCUGGGGCAGGAGACAGAAGAGGAACCUCACAUUAGAGUUGCCUAAACCCAGGGCCGUUGAUCACCUGCUGAUGAUUCAGUGGAGCUCAUAUAUCCAUUAUCUCUGUAUUGUACAUAGAGAAAGGUAUUUACCAGGUGCAGUUACACCGGUGAGCUGCAAGGUAGCAAAUAAGGAAAACUCAUAAAAAUAAAAUUAAUUGUUCCAGGGUGUUCAUUGCAAGGAGAUGCCAGUCCCCCAUUUAUGAUAUUAACAGCAUGUUUGCCAUACAAACUGCUGUAUAUGAAUCAGUUAAUCAAACUACCUGGGAAAGCUAUUCAAUAUAUAAGCUGAAAUUACAAGAUGAAAUUAAUCAGAGUGUUUUUGCACUCACUGAGAGAUGUUAUGCCUAAGCCACAUCAGUUGUGGACAAGCCACCUUUUUACAGCAAAUACAUGUGUGCAGUCACUGUUAAUUUCUCUCUAAGAUUUGUUUAUUUGCACAAAAUUGAUGGGUUACUCAUGGUAGCAACCCCCUGACACAUUUUUGCUAGCACCUUGGAUUUGGUGAGGGAAAGACAAUGAAUUAAUCUGUGCUAUCUAGUUGCCCUUUCUAGGUAAUCUGCUCCAUGAAUCCAGAGGAGGGACAACUUACAAUAUCCGUCUCUAUUCUAGGAAUAGGUAUAAGGCGAGCAUUUUAGCCUUUCUAUAUUUGCAGAAGUGAAGUACUCAAGCAUUGACCUCUCUAUGAUCCAUGGCAGAUUUCUUAGCGGCUGAGGUUCUGCAUCAGGUGACAGGGAGUUAAUUUCUCUGUAGUCAUGACUAACACAGAUUUCUUACUUUUUAAAUUUUAAUCUGUAAAAAAAAAAAUACAUUUUCUAGUUUCCUAUGUAUUGUACCUCUCCAUGGUAAGAUGACAUAUCUUGUGGAUCAGGGCACUUAUUUUAGAUACUCAGUGCAUCGAGGGCGCCUUCUGCUGUUCCAGUUUGCUUAGUCUCCUGUGGUUCAUUAUUCUAACAAUAGCUAUUUAGAAAUGUGACAGUUUUUCACCAAAACCCACAAAUUGUAAAAAUCAGGAAGAUUAUGUUAGGAAUUCAUGAAUAGAAAGACUGGACCAUCUGCUGGUAUUGCAGCAGUAGCACAAAGGCAUUCGUACCGGCAGGGUGUAGCCAAUUAUUUUUCAUUAACUACAGAACUAGCAGAAUAAUUCAGCAGUUUUCUUAUGUUCUUGGUGACAUGUGAAAGUAGUAAGGGUGUGCUCUGCAACUGCACUUCUGCUCCAGGAGCCUUAUCAGAAGAGGGGAAAUCUUAGCUGCAGCCAUGAGAAUCCACAUCUGCCUGUACGUUCGCUCUUCUGAGCACAAUAAAAGGAAAUGGUUAUUUCAACCUCCACCAUCUAUUUUUAAUUUAAAAUUAAGGAAAGGGAGAUAGUCUUAUACCUAACAGAGAGGAAAGGGAUCCAGGAGAGCUUGGUUUUAUUCACAGAUCUGCCACAUCUCUGCAUCAGCUUGGGCAUGACUUACCUUCUGUGUGGCUGCAUUUCCCAGUCUGUAUAUAAGGGAAUAAAGAUAUUUGACCUACCUCACAGGGGUGCUAUAGGACCAAGUUACUUUAAAACGUUUCGGAAUCUUUAGAAGAAAGGAGUUUAAGAAGUACACAAUAGUGCUGUAAAAGCAUGUAUAUAUUCAUUGUAUUUGAAAAUGAGGUUUACAUCAGGACUGAUGAAUAUUUUGCUUGUGGGCAUAUAAAAUGAAUUUGAUUUGAAUGCCAUUCUGCUGAAGAAGUCUGUCUAAAGUGAAAAUGUAGGUCUUCAUGUUUAAGAAAUACAACUUUCCUAUUCCUCUUUAAAAAAGAAAAAUCUGUACUCUGGAGAUUAGAAAGGCCACAGUUCAACCAAGUAGGAUGAAUUUCUGCUGAGGUAAUAUCCAUCUUUUAUAGUCCUGUUCUCCUUUAAUAUAGAAGGGACUUCCCUGAAGCAGACUGGGAAAAGUAUGUGUACAAAUAUAUGUGAAGUGACAAAUGCCAAAAUGCUACUGAACAGCAGACGUAUGUUGUAUCUUACCUUCGCUGUGGGUGAGGAGAAGAGUCAAUUUCUGUCCUGUUGUGUUUAGACUGCCUGCUAGACUGCAGCUGAGGGAAGGGUUGUUGAACCAUGCCCCGAAACAUUCCAGAAUCUUCAAUUAAGAUUGCCUGGUUUUAAAAUCAUAACAAUUGUAGUUUUUUUUUUUUUUUUUCAUUACCUUCUAUUUUUUUUUUAUUUUUUUUUUUAAAUCUUCUUCAGCAUUCAUAGAAUCAUAGAAUUAUAGAAUAUCCUAAGUUGGAAUGGACCCACAAGGAUCAUUGAGUCCAACUCUUUGAAUCCUCCUUCAUCUUCCCAAGCUUUUUCUUCUUUCUUUUAAACCUUUGAGGAUUCCCACAGAGAAACAACAGUACAUUCAUUUUCUGGAGGUGUUAAGGAAAGUCUAAAUACUACAUGAUUCACAGGAAAAAAAAAAAAAAAAAAAAAAAAAAAAAGAAGAAGAAUGAUCACCUGAUACUUCAGGGUGAGGUUUGCAGGGUGGAAACCCAUGUGGGAAGCGCAUGGUUGGGUGAAGCCCUCGUGCACAGUGGGCCAGCAAACAUCCUUGGGUCAAACCCAGGGAGGGCUUCCACCUGAGGCAGGUUUCAUACCUGCCCUAGGAGCAGGGGCUUUGGUCACAAUCACCACAGCCCUGUCAGGUUCUUGGAGGCACAAUGGCGGGCACCUGUCAUCUCAGUCUUUUUGCUACCUUUCAUACCAAUUAAAUACCUUUCUCUGAACAUUAGUCCCCAUGUUGGUCUUGAGACCUUUGAGGAUGGUGUGUGUGUUUGUUCCAUGUUUACAGUUCCUUCGUUUUGCAUUAUUGUUUUGGUUUAUUUCAUUAUUAGUAUUUAUUUUCAAGCCAAAUGUUUGUAGUCCUUCUGCCUACCCCUCUUCAUUUUUCUGACACUAACUUGUAGAUGUUUGUUGGUGUCUUCUCAGAAAAAGCUGGGCUGAAGGCAUGGCCUGGGCAGUUCACCAGACUGGGAGUUUUUACACACAAGAGUUUGCAAACCAUGGGUGUCUGUGACGUGCCAUCUAGAGCUGUUUUUAUAGUCUAUUUUAAAAGGCUCUGUUGUAUGGAAAUAAGUUGUGAAUGUUUGGGUGUGCACUCUGCACCCAGCCACCAUCCCCUGUGUUACUUGCACAGGGGGAGUUUCAUGUGCAGAGUGGGGCUGCUUCACUUUCUGCAUCUCCCAUUAAGAAAGGUGUGAACUUUAAUUAACACCAGUGUGCUGAGCAAUGGACCUCAAAGGAAGACAGUAUAUAGCUCUACAAGUAACUGUUUUGACUGAAAAGCUGAGGUCUAGUGAAGGAAAGCAUUACUUCUACCUGCUUGUUUCCUGCAGUUCAAGACCUCAGUACACACCAGCAGAGUUUCAGCUAUCUAACUGGCAGCUACUCUCCGUGUUGCAUUAGGACAUCACUAGUUCUGUGUAGAUCCUUGCCUGAACAGACUGAAACCCUGAUAUACUGCUGGCACUGAGCAGCCCUUAGCAAGACUGAUGUAAUUUUCUGCUACUGGAUGAAAACCUUCACUGGGAGACAGACCUUGUCCUUGUUCCAGCUAUAAACUUUCAAAACAACACAACAAAAGACCAAGCAAUUGAAAAUUUUGCACCACUGUGUCAUAUGAAAAAGUUUCAAUGUAUAGUGUAGAGAUUGCUAACUUGUGCUAUUAACAUUUUGACAAGCGUGUAGUAUUGUUUUCUUUUUUUAAAAAAACCAUUUAGUAUUCCUAAGCUAGCUACAAAUAUAAAUUUUACCCCAUGGGUAGGAUUUUACUGUUAAAUGCCAUAAUAAAGCACACUAAUCUUGACACCACAGAUGGGAACAUGAACCAAAACCAAAACCAAGCAAACAGAAUCCCAACCCCAAAUCCUGCAUCAAAAAGCUGAACAAGCCUUUCUCCAUUUUGAUAUUUGCAUGCUCCUAUAUGGACUGGCUGUGGCAAUGUAAUGCCUGUAUAAUGUUUUCAAAUAAAAAAAAAAAUGAUAAAUGCUUUAUGAAAG